GCUGAAGCGGAUGGAAUGUUUCGCCCACGACAAUACAAUAUUCAGAAUGUUAAAUCGGAAAACGAAUUUGAUUUCGUGCUGUGGUUGACCAGAAGACGAUGAAGAAGUUUUUGGUGCUUGUUUUGUGCUUGGUUUGUGUCGGUUUUUCUUAUUCCUAUCGGAAGAAGUACGAGGAUAAAGAGAAAUGUCCUAGAGUGAAGGCUAUAAGGAAUUUCAUACUUGAAGAUCUUCUAGGAAGAUGGUACGUGAUUGAAUAUUACGCCAGUUCUGAAGAAGCGUUAUCCUACAGAUGCAUGCGGGCAGAAUUCACCACCACAACACUCCAAGAUGUGACCAUGAACUUCACCUACAGCUUCACCGACGAUCCACUGAAUGAAAUUCUCAUAGGGAACAUCACAUGGACCAUUCCUAACCCAGGCAGGUCGUCACACUGGGUACAUUCUGAAGAUACAUAUGAAGGUGUCUACAACACUUAUGUCCUGGAUUCAGACUACAAAUCAUGGGCUCUGCUGUUACACUGUGCCGAAAAGACCAACGUAACCAGAUACCUAUCCAGCUUCAUAAUGAGCAGGAAACCGACCCUCGGCAACAACGAAAAGGCGUAUCUACGCGACAAAUUACCACGCUACGACAUCGACCUAACCUAUUUGUUCGACAUGUCUCAGGACGACUGCAAUUCGACUGUCAGUGACUUGAUACCUCCACCUGUUCUUCUGAAUAGACAAGAGCCAUCCUCAAGAAGACACCCCAUGAAACAUGUCCAUGGUUGAGGACGUCGCAUAUUA